AUGAGCAUUGAGGACGGAGAUGAUCCGUCCUGCUACAUGGUCCAGGAGACGACGUUCGAUUACGAGUACGACGAGACGUUCAACUGGGAGAAUGUGACGGCAUCGCAGUGCAACUGCACUCACCCACUCUUCAGGUAUCUAGAGGUGAGACACCCCCAACUGGGACACACCAUCUUUCACAGUUUAUUGUAGGUAUGCAUCUCUCGAUGCGGCGAUGACACCGUCUUCUUCAAAAUGACCGACGAGGAACUGUUCGAAAUCGCUCUGCCCGGCUUCCUUUAUCUCACCGUUUUUCUAGUUGGAACAAUAGGAAACUCUAUGGUACCUAUCUUAUUCUAUUCUCACUUCACCUAUUCCUAUUCUUCAUCCCUUAGGUUAUCUUCGUGGUGAACCGAUUCAAACGAAUGCGCAACGUGACCAACGUCUUUCUGGCUUCGCUGAGUACCGCCGACUUGUGCCUUAUCUGGUUCUGUGUGCCUAUAAUGUUCAUGAAGUACAUGUCGCAUACUUGGUCGAUGGGAAGGUUCGCCUGCUACUCCGUUCAUUACAUCCAACAGUUCACGUGUUUCUGCUCGGUUCUCACAAUGACUAUGAUCAGUUUCGAGAGGUAAGUGUGUAUUUGAACGUUGCCGCUAACACGGGACAUUUAGAUUUCUGGCAAUAGCGUAUCCGAUGCGCAACAUUUGGUUUUCUUCGAUCGGAAGGGCUAAAAAGGUCAUCUUGCUCAUCUGGCUCUUGUCGGCAAUGUUGGCGGUGCCGACGGCAGUUCGGAUGGACUACGAGUCGAACCUUUCGUUGAACGGACAGAGAGUUAAUUGGUGCAGAAGAAGGUUCCCGACUCAGUUCAUGGGAUAUCCUAGACCGACUCUGAAUAAGGCUUAUGCAAUGUACCAGGUACUAGACCGACUCGUCUCGUUCCCUAAUCCCUCCGGCUUCCAGCUGCUUCUCCUCAUCAUUUUCCCCGUGCUCACCAUGUCCAUCUGUUAUGCCCGGGUGUCUGCGAUCGUGUACAAGUCCUCGAAAGACCGCGUCAUCCUCUCGCAGGCUAUGUGAGACUCACUUAUUCAUCGCAUCUCACCUAAUCUUUGGUUUUCUCAGGGUCGCGUUCUCGAAGGCAGCCACGGAUGCGGUCACCUUUUCCGGUUAUUCCGCCAUUCCGAUGAUAACCACUUCGAGAAAUCUGAAGACGGCCAACACAACCAUCAACUCGUACAGCAAACAUCGGAACAAUCGAGUUGCCGAGGCCAAUAAGAAACAGGUAGAGGCUCUGGAAUCUGCGAGUGCCUCAUAGAGAUCUUCCUUCAGAUUGUGCAAAUGCUCAUCUCGAUCGUGUGCAUGUACACCGUCUGCUGGCUUCCAACGAUCGUCGACGAGUUGCUCACCUCGUUCGGCUACAUCUGCCGCACCUCGAAUACACACACUCUAAAACACAUGCGAAUGGGAUUCAAUGCGCUGACCUACUGUCAAUCUUGCAUCAACCCCAUCUUGUACGCAUUCAUCUCGCAGAACUUCCGGUCCACAUUCAAAACGGCGUAUUCGAGAAUGAAGCAUCGUCUGCAGGUGAGUCACUUCCUUCUUUUCUUACCUAGGGCAUUGAAUUGAAAUCAGAUCCUUUCAGGAAUCAUUAGUCAUGCAUUGAAAACAAACAAUUACGGUAUGAGAGAGAGAGAGAGUGUGCAUGGGUUUGGCCCGUCACGGGUGUGAAUUUCAGUUCCAUCGAAUCAAUUCUCUCCGGAAUUCGAAUUCCAACAUUUUUCAGGGAGUCGAGGAAAUGCGCUCACGGAUGGGCUCCUGCUCGUCGGCCAGCAUGAUGUCCACCCGCAACCAACAUCGCAUCUACGGCUCCAGCUUCAACACUUUGACAGUGCCGGGCCGCUCGAUGAUCACUCCGAACAUGUCCCGCGACGUCUCGCAACUCUCGCUCUGCCGACCCACUUCGCAGAUGUCUUUUUGCCGUCCGAAGAGUCCGAUGGCGGCCGAUUCUCCGUCCACGUUCAUGCGGUACCUCUAGAUCGUCGUUUCUUCCAUCGUAUUCUGAUUUUAGACACCGUCCUCGUUCUCCAACGGACGUUUCUCAUGACUCUGGCCGUCCCAGAAGCCCGACUGAUCUAUCGCAAUCUACAAAACCGUCCAGAAGGUCUUCGUCUAUCAGGUUUUUCUAUUGCACUGGAAAGUGACGUGGUUCAUGAAUGCACGUUUUAAGGCCCCGAAGUCCGACAUCCACGUCUCAAAUGUCAACAAUAGUGCGUUCGCGAAGCCCGACAGCGGCUUCUGAUACUUCUUCGCUUUUCCCCUCGAGGUAAUCAGUUCUCUCUAUCCACUCGCUCCUUACUCCGAUCUUUUCCAGAACGCGCAGUCCGACUCUCCAGUCGAACACUUCCGGGCAGUCCGUCGAGCGAACCGUUGACCGUCUGAGUGUUCGUGACGCCGUCCGACCGAAAACUCCACCGGCUGUCGCCGUUUAG